CAAUUGUUCUCUUAUCUUUCACGCCAUAAAAUAUGCACGGGGUAUAUAUAUAUAUACGGUUUGUGUAUGUAUAUAUCCAGCUCACUUGCAUAUAUAGUGCUUUGCAUAAUUGUCUGCGGCGGCAUCAUUCUUCUCCCUAAGAACGCUCCUCCGCAUUUGAACGACUAAUCCAAGGCUCGAGGUCCACAAACCGCCAUGGACGGCGGCGCGGAAGUCAACAGCGGCCGGGGAGCGGCGACGGUGGGAGUGCAGAUCCGGCAGAGCCGCAGGUUGCCGGAUUUCCUCCAGAGCGUCAACUUGAAGUACGUGAAACUAGGUUACCAUUACUUGAUUUCUCAUUUGUUAACUCUGUGUCUGAUUCCUGUAAUGGCCGUGAUUAUAAUCGAGGCUUCUCAAAUGAAUCCCGAUGAUAUUCGCCAGCUGUGGCUUCAUUUGCAGUACAAUCUCGUUUCUGUGAUUAUUUGCUCCGCCGUUCUCGUCUUUGGAUCCACCGUUUAUAUCAUGACCCGGCCGCGCCCGGUUUAUUUGGUUGAUUACGCCUGUUACCGCCCUCCCGAUACCCUCAAGGCUCCGUAUCAGCGGUUUAUGGAUCACUCCAGGCGCACCGGGGACUUCGAUGAGUCCAGCCUCGAGUUUCAGCGUAAGAUCUUAGAGCGGUCUGGCCUCGGGGACGAGACUUAUGUCCCGGAGGCUAUGCACUAUCUCCCCCCGCGGCCGUCUAUGCAGGCCGCCAGGGAAGAGGCAGAGCAGGUCAUGUUUGGUGCAUUGGAUAAUUUGUUUGCUAAUACGUCUUUGAAGCCCAAAGAUAUAGGCAUUCUUAUUGUGAAUUGUAGUCUGUUCAAUCCAACUCCAUCACUUUCAGCAAUGAUUGUGAAUAAGUACAAGUUAAGAGGUAAUAUUAGGAGCUUUAACUUGGGGGGUAUGGGCUGUAGUGCGGGUGUGAUUGCAGUUGACCUCGCCAAGGAUUUGUUGCAAGUGCACAGGAACACCAAUGCUGUUGUUGUUAGUACAGAGAACAUUACUCAGAAUUGGUAUUUUGGGAAUAAGAAGUCUAUGCUGAUACCGAAUUGUUUGUUUAGAGUUGGGGGGUCUGCUGUUCUGCUCUCUAACAAGUCAGUAGAUAGGAGAAGAGCAAAGUAUAAGCUUGUUCAUGUAGUGAGGACCCAUCGCGGGGCUGAUGAUAAGGCUUUCCGUUGUGUUUACCAGGAGCAGGAUGAAAAUGGCAAGACGGGAGUUUCUUUGUCGAAAGAGCUCAUGGCAAUUGCUGGUGGUGCUCUCAAGACCAAUAUUACUACAUUGGGUCCUCUUGUGCUGCCAAUUAGUGAACAACUUCUCUUCUUCUCGACAUUGAUAAUCAAGAAGUUGUACAAUAAGAACAUCAAGCCAUAUAUUCCAGAUUUCAAGUUGGCCUUCGAACACUUCUGCAUACAUGCUGGGGGAAGGGCAGUGAUUGAUGAACUAGAAAUGAAUCUCCAACUGCUUCCAAGUCAUGUAGAGGCCUCCCGGAUGACACUACAUCGCUUUGGUAACACUUCAUCCAGCUCCAUUUGGUAUGAGUUGGCAUACACCGAGGCCAAGGGAAGGAUGCGGAGAGGACACCGAGUCUGGCAGAUUGCAUUUGGGAGUGGUUUCAAGUGCAACAGUGCGGUUUGGCAGGCACUUCGUAAUGUGAAACCAUCCCCUAAUAGCCCGUGGGAGGAUUGUAUUGACAGGUAUCCAGUAAAAAUAGUGUCAUAGCACAACAGCUCACGGUGGUAACUCCAUGUAGGGUGUGUAUUGCUGAUCAGUAGUUUGUUGCCCAAGCCCUUUUUUAUGUAGCGUUUGUACUACUUGUUGGUUCUUUCUUUUUUCUUUUUUUCCACCUUUUCGGGUUCUGUGUUGGAAGUUAUACUUUGGUUCAAUCAUCUUUUUCUCUGGAUACUCUAAUGUUGUAAUGCACUAUUACAGUCUGUUCCUUCUGCAGGCUAUUAAACACUACAAAUGUACUAUUGGUUGCAUUUAAAAGAAAAAUUCAUUGUUCUAUUACAA